AUGAGGUGCGCAGGGAGCCUUCUUCUCCUGCUGCUUCUGCUCUCCCUGUCUGCCUCCACCGCCGAAGCAAACAACAAGGAGAGCUUGGGCGACAACGCGGUACCCUUGACCGGCCGGGGAUGGCACCUGAGAGGACGGAGGUCAAUGGCGGCUCGAGGGCAUGGAGGAGCGGGGAGUGAUGAGGCCGUGGGCGCCAGCAACACAGGAGCAAAUGAAGAAGCAGAUCAUACGUCUGCUGAAUUUGUACAUGAUGAGGGUAAACAGAGCAAGGGAUCAGCAGCUCGGCCCGUGCUUCAGGGAGCAAGCGGCCAUCGUCAUCGUCACCAUGGCGGCGACGCGGCCUCCAUGGCGUCCGACAUGCUGAGGAUGGACUACUCCGUCUCCGUGGACGUCCACAGCCGACGGCCCAUCAACAACGACGCUCCGUUGGAUGAGCUCGCGGAGAAGAAGCCUUAG